UCGGGUGCAGCCAAUCGUGGGCAACGCUGCUAGUUAUCAGAGCAGAAUGGGCUGUAGUUUAGUGAAAUAGGAAAGCUGCAAAACACUGUGGAGUGUUCCCGUGUAAAUAAAAAGAGGAAAAAAAAGUUUCUCAAGUCACCGCUGCACGACGUCGGGCCGGCGCCGGGGCGGGGGUCUGCGCUCUCCCGAGCGGCCGCGCGCUGGACUUUAUUGUGCCGCAACAAGCCCCCGUUCCCAUUGUUUGUGUUUUUUUCAAAAUAUGGCAAAGGUUCAGGUGAACAAUGUAGUGGUGCUGGAUAACCCUUCUCCUUUCUACAACCCAUUCCAGUUCGAGAUCACCUUCGAGUGCAUCGAGGACCUGUCUGAAGACCUGGAAUGGAAAAUUAUCUAUGUGGGCUCUGCAGAAAGUGAAGAAUACGAUCAAGUUUUAGACUCUGUUUUAGUGGGCCCUGUACCUGCAGGAAGGCAUAUGUUUGUAUUUCAGGCUGAUGCACCUAAUCCGGGACUCAUUCCAGAUGCAGAUGCAGUAGGUGUAACAGUUGUGCUAAUUACAUGCACCUAUCGAGGUCAAGAAUUUAUUAGAGUUGGUUAUUAUGUAAAUAAUGAAUAUACUGAGACAGAAUUAAGGGAAAAUCCGCCAGUAAAACCAGACUUUUCUAAGCUUCAAAGGAACAUUUUGGCAUCCAAUCCCAGAGUCACAAGAUUCCACAUUAACUGGGAAGAUAACACAGAAAAACUGGAAGAUGCAGAGAGCAGUAAUCCAAACCUACAAUCACUUCUUUCAACAGAUGCAUUACCUUCAGCAUCAUCAAAGGGAUGGUCCACAUCAGAAAACUCACUAAAUGUCAUGUUAGAAUCCCACAUGGACUGCAUGUGACCACCUGCCAUCCCUAUAGUACAAAUUAAGCUAUAAAAACACACAGAACUAUUUCCCUGAAAUUCCGUAAGUACAUAGUCAAGAUACAAUGUGAAGAAUUUGUUUAAAAAACAUCCUGUAGAAAGUUUAUAAGAAAACCAGUAUUUGAGCAAAUUGUGGAAUAUAAAUACAACUAUUUUUAAGUAAUUUUUUUCUCUAAUGUGUUAUUUUAUUCUGAAACUAAUCUGAUUAAAACAUAUAUAUUAUUUUCUUUUCCUCUAUAUGUAAUUAAAGCACUUAUAAAAAAAAAUGAAUCAUUAGACCAGGUUGUAAAGAUGUCUUAGCCUCUUGGACAAUAAUCUUUGGACCACUAUUUUACUAAUCUUUGAAAGAACAAAGUUAACUUCAACUAAAAUGUGUCUUCCUGUCAUAACACAUAAUUUGGUUUGAUUUAAGGGGCAAGUUUUCAUUCUUUUUACGGCAUGCCCUUAAAGAAGGGAUUUGAAGUCAACUGUAUGCUACCAAGAACUCUAGGAUCUGAUUUUCCAGGCCACCUUGAAGCCUCUUAUGGCUACUGUUCAGUUCAUAUGAUGUCAGACAGCAUUCAGUUUGGUUUCUAAGACAACAAAUGUGGUUAAUUGUUUAUAAGGUCCUCUGGCUAUGAUUUUUGUUUUUAUAACAGUUCAGGACAUCAGAACACUCCUUGAAUCAUACAUCAUUAUUACCCAGUGAAUUCAGCAGGUCAAGAGCAGAUACAAACUCCCUAAGUUUAAGAACAGGAGAGUA